AUGGGGGUGAGACGUGUUAUAGGAACAGGAACAUAUUUGGGUCUACCGUCCAUGAUUGGGAGAAGUAAGAAAGCAGUGUUCUCUUUUAUUAAGGAUCGGAUAUGGAGAAGAAUCAAUUCUUGGAGUGGUAGGUCUUUAUCUAAAGCGGGGAAAGAGGUUAUGAUUAAAUCAGUGCUUCAGUCGAUUCCGGCCUAUAUUAUGAGUAUCUACUUGAUUCCGGAUGGGGUGGUGAACGACAUUGAAAAAAUGCUCAACUCGUUUUGGUGGGGGGGAGGUCGCAGUAACAAAGGUAUAAGGUGGCUGACUUGGGAGAGAAUGACUAUGUUGAAGAAGGAGGGAGGUCUUGGAUUUAGGGAUUUCAAAGCUUUCAAUAUGGCUAUGGUGGCAAAACAAGGUUGGAAUUUUUUGUCGAAGCCCAAUUCUCUUGUAUCUAGAAUCUUCAAAGCAAGGUAUUUUCCUCACUCAUCCUAUCUAGAUUCAAAGGUUGGCAACAAUCCGAGUUUUGUUUGGCGUAGUUUGUGGAAAGCUAAGGAGGUGUUAAAGAUUGGGAGUAGGUGGAGUAUAGGGGAUGGAAGGAGUAUUAAGGUGAUGCAUGAACCAUGGCUUCGUGAUAAAGGAAGUCGGUGGGUUGGAGGACCACAAAAUCAAGAGACGUAUGUGUAA